AUGAAUGCUAUAUAUACUCUCGAAGCCAAGGCCCUCGCAAAAGACGAAGUGCAUAGGAAAAGGCUUGAGGAACAGGUCGAGCGACGCAAGGCGCAGGAGCAAGACAAAAGCAGAGGAGAAAAUGUGUGGUUCUCUCGUCGGAUCAAAGACGGCCAUUUAUACCACUGGGCAUUAUUCAUGUACGGGAAGAAAUACGAGCUGAGACUCCCCUCGCGACAGAAGUACAAGAACCUACCAAAAGGACAUCUCGUUGGAUCUUUGGUACCGUCAUUCGACUACGAGAGCAAUAUUGCGCCGUGGUCCAUGCAGGAGGAGAUGAUGCGGCUUCGACAGGAGAGCCUUGAUAGUGAGGGCAAGCCGUAUGCCCAGGACUACUACAUCUGCCAGAUCGGCUGGACCAAGCUAUCAGAAACAAGAGUUGACGAAGAAUGUGAGGCCGCUCACAAAUCGUUUGGGAUAUAUGUCCUCGGUUUCAACGACUGUCAGAGUUUCUUGCGGCAAUUUGCGAAGCGCAUCAUCAAACAGCCCGAGGACUGCGCACUCGACUUCUGGUGGUUUGAAAAGAACAUACAAACGCCGUACCACGAGUUACAGCUAAUCCCGGCGGAUGAGAAUAUUAAGGCGUUUCAGCUUUACAUGCGGACAGGCUUGUAUGGCUCUGUGGGUAUGACAGUUGGGGCUGCCGGAGCGACGUAUGAGCACCAAUACCAACCGCAAGAACCAAUGACGAACGCAGCCGGCAGUAAAGGCGGCAACAAUACAGCUGACGAUGAUGACGGGUGCUGCGAUUGUGGUGGGUGUUGUUGCUAA